GUUUUCUCCUAAAACCUUAGAAACAAUUGAUUUGACAGUAUAGGAGGAUGAUUUCAAAGCAAACUGUAUCAAUUCCAUUAUUAAUUUAAAAUUCAUGGGAUAUGAAUGAAAAUGUGUAAUUAAAAAGAAAAGAAGAAAAUAUAUAGGACCGACUACAAGAGAUUAUAAACAAAAAUGUACAAGAUUGUCAUAAUUUUAUCGCACUUUUGACAGCAUAAAUGAGGUUAGUUUCUCACAUGCUAAAAAACAUUAAAAUUGACGGUCAAACAUUCUUAAUAACUUUAAAUUGAAUAUUUAUUACGUAUAAUAUUUUUAUAAAGUCUCUACAGUUCGGCAAUGGAGUGCAUAAGAGAAUUGCUUGCAUAUUUUGACUGUAUAAACUUUCACUGGGUAGUUGUAGUAUUUACAGGCCUCUACAUACAUCUACGACAAAUUUGCUUAAUUGGCUUGUGUUUCGAGGUAACAAAGGAAGCCCCUUUUGAUCCUUCUUAUGCCUCACUUAUUUUCAUCUUCUCUGCACUUUGUCUGAUAGCUGAAUAUAGCUUAUGGCCAAAAUCAUUGAAAGAGCCACCGAUUCAAUUACUUAUUAUUUAUGAAAUGUUGGUAUCAGCCUUAGUAACAGAUUUAGUAACACGUAUCAUUUGGAUACCUCUAAUGCACAUCACUUUAUGUGUCACACAAGAGUCAGGUAAAAUGCUACUAUGGUUAAAUUCACAAAUGGAAUUAGGAAAAUAUUCUAUUUUGACAACCACAGCUUCAUAUAUGGGAACAGAUAUAGCAGCAAUGCAUACAGCAUUUUGUAUCUCUGUACUAACUUUUUUAUGGAUGCUUGAUGCUACCGAAACACUUGACUCACUUUUAAUAGAUCUCUGGGCGAAGUACUAAAAAUCAUGGAAUACUAAAUCAUGUAUACAAAAAUAGAAGAAUUAUUUUUAAAUUGUCUGAAGUCUUCGAUUCAUUCACAUGUGGUUUAUUAAAAUUUAGACA